AUGACCGCCUCCUGUAAAGUAGAUCGGACGUGGACGCCCGUGCCGCCACCUUUUGCUCAGCGCGUGAAAGAGAUUCGUCUACAACAAUUUGCUGUUCGUUGGGAAGGUGCAGUCGGAGAGAACUGACGGACGGGUUACGUUCGAUGACAUGGAAACCCAGCAACCGCCACGCAGCCUCUGCAGCUGAUAUGUAACGAGCUGAGCGGUAUGCCUCGAUCUCGUCGCCGUCACAUAGAAUCUUCGCCUUAAUAAAAUCAGCACCUUUGUUUAUAUACUUGUAUAUGUAUUUGACUAUCGCGCUACCGGUGCACACGUCGAAACACAUGUGGCAGUUGUAUUUGGAAAGGAGCCAUAUAUUGUACGGGGCGAUCCAUUGGUUCGUAGCGAAAGAUUCUACAUACUUGCCGUUAACUUUGUGCUUGUACGGAAAUUUUUCUCCUGUGUCGCGUCGACGGUAUUCCGCUCUCCCGUUUUUACUGUUGACUACAGCAGCUUUACGCCAUGGUUGAGGAUAUCUCUUGCCGCAAACUUUAACUCCAGUACGAUUGCGAUCAUCCUGCAUGCAAGGUGAUGAAAUGUUCUUAGACCCGCACUGUUUAUGCACCAUACAGUUUAGUACUUGCUCUCUGGCCCUACCACCGUUAAGGUCUGCGGGAGGAACUUCUGCCCAACACCACUCAUCCAUCUCGCCUGCCUCGUCGGGUAGGGGCCCUUCAAAUUUAAUAACCAAAUGCAGAUGGGGGAGUCCGUGCUUUUGCCAUUCGAUGCAAANACUUGCUCUCUGGCCCUACCACCGUUAAGGUCUGCGGGAGGAAGUUCUGCCCAACACCACUCAUCCAUCUCGCCUGCCUCGUCGGGUAGGGGCCCUUCAAAUUUAAUAACCAAAUGCAGAUGGGGGAGUCCGCGCUUUUGCCAUUCGAUGCAAGACAUUUCGAAAACAACGGGCCCAAAGAUUCGCCCACUCCGUAAGUCUUUCAUCAGCUCGUCCUUCUUGAUUUUGAACACUCUAUCGCCCAAAUCUGGUCUGUCAAAGGCUGUCUGUCCUGAGAGAAGAAUAGCCUGAAUGGCUUCCCAAUUCCCGUUGCACGUCAUGGUGAGCAUUACGCUCGGGCGCCCUUUCCUGGCAACUACGGCUAGCGCGNCAAAUCUGGUCUGUCAAAUGCUGUCUGUCCUGAGAGAAGAUUAGCCUGAAUGGCUUCCCAAUUCCCGUUGCACGUCAUGGUGAGCAUUACGCUCGGGCGCCCUUUCCUGGCAACUACGGCUAGCGCGUCAACGGUAUUGGCUUUCAUUUUUGCCGGAUGACCGUGGAAACCUUUCGGCAAUACUCUACCGACCUGACUGUCUGGCUUUGCUUCCGUUAGAACGUUGUAUGUCGUUGCUCGUUUCUGUCCUGCAUCGGAGGAAAGAUUCUGCAAACAUUGCUCUUCGUAGCGAGAAUCAUGUCACACAGAUACUCUUGGGUUACUCUCCCUAAUUGCUGAAACACGGGUUCCGAGAGAAUUCUUUGCCUGACGUAGUGCGCUAGUGGCACCUUUUUCCCGGUGGGGCCGACAGUCGCACCUACGACACCUUCCCCUGGUAUCCACGUACCCUUCGACCAACCUGCAUCCCCAGAAAAAAACAGUAGAGGGUAUCCUAAUGGCUCAUAGGCUGCACUAAAUAUAGGUACGAAGCGCGGCCUCCCGGAGUCGGCAUUUCGUGGGCGACCUGUGAAACCAUUCGAAGUCAUUUCUGUGUGCAACCGCUGCGCUACUUGAUCGGCACCUAUAAUUGGCCGCGGUUCAUCCUGAUGACUAUUACUCCCAUCGUCGUUACCCUGCUGCUUAGUAUGAUCUUCCUUUUUGGCAUCCCCGACACGUCUGCGUGUUUUUGACUGAGCCGAAGGAUCGCUAUUGGGUUUCGCGUCUGCUUGUCUGGCCGCAGCAGCGGCUGCCCUGGUCGUCCGCGGCACUAUCUCUGCCUUCAGUU